GUAUCUGUCACUUGAGCCCUUGGAUGCGUCUCUGUCCUGACAGCCUGGUCGACUCCCCUACACUGACAGUUGUGUUACACUCCCCCAUCUGGCAUAGACAAGACGCAGCGCGCCUCAGAGAAAGAAACUGACGUGUUUUGCGCAUUUCCUGCACCAGUGUUUAGACGGUCGGAGAAGAAAGGGAGGUGUGCAGGAAACCAAGAACAGCAACGGCGAGAAAACAGCCUGGGAGUUUAAGGAGCAAACUGAAACCAAGUACAGCAACGGCAAGAAACCCGUCUGGGAGUAUAAGGAGUGAACAGAAACCAAGAAAACCACAACAGAGUCGACCUGCAACUAUACACUGCUUGAGCAAUUCACAAGUCGGGUAACCGGUUGGGAAACAUCCCAAAUGCUCGGCGAGGAGGCAGCAGUCUCUUCCAACGGUGGAAUACGAGUGUUUCCAAAGCCUAGUGGAGUUGCCGAGGAUAGUUUUGAUAGAUUUUGCUCUAUCGUGUUGCGGUUUGGGUAGGCUGUUGACAUUCCGACUGCUGCAUAGUCGUAUUUUUCCUUCAUAUAAACUUAAAACGUGUAUUUAUUCUAUUCAAAAGAAAGGCUUUGUCUGGUUGAACGCCAAAUGUGGAUUAUCAUUGUGAAAACCAAGACUGUUAGAGAGCAAAAACGAGACAAUUUACUCUCAUUAGACUGUUUCGGGAGGACUGAUUUGCAUCCGAUUGGUAGUCUAUGUGUGUACUAGCGUGAGACGGGACAGCAUUUCCCCGUUACAUUUAAGUCUCAACCCAUUCAAACCGUGGUCUUCAUUUGAGUAUUCAAACAAUACAUAAAACUAGGACAAAUUAUUUAUGACCAGUUGAAGUGUUUGGGUUAAAGGAAUUUAUUGUAAACAACCACUCUUCUUCCAAAUCCUAUUGAGGAGGAUUACAUCACCGCCAUGGUGGUUUUCAAUGGGUUAUUGAAGAUCAGGAUUUGUGAGGCGUUGGACUUGAAACCGACAGCUUGGUCUCUCAGACAUGCGGUUGGCCCAAAGACCCAGACUUUUCUCUUAGACACAUACAUUGCACUAAACGUGGAUGACUCGCGUGUGGGCCAAACUUCCACCAAACAGAAAACCAACAGCCCUGCGUGGAACGACGAGUUCGUUACGGAGGUUCAUAACGGAAGGAAAAUCGAACUGUCGGUGUUUCACGAUGCGCCAAUUGGAUAUGACGAUUUCGUGGCCAACUGCAUCAUACAGUUCGAAGACAUAUUGCAGAAUGGCAGUAAGCACUACGAGGAAUGGGUAGUUUGGAGAUUGCAACCCUGGGAACAAAAUGUCAGUUUAGGGGUGUUGAUUGACUUGGAGCCUGAGGGGAAGGUGUACGUCAUCAUGGACCUGUCUGGAUCCUCUAGUGAAGCUCCAGGCUCCGGUGAGAAUGCUGAGGAGCGUGUGUUUCGGGAGCGCAUGCGGCCUAGGAAGAGGCAGGGUGCCGUACGAAGGAGGGUCCAUCAGGUCAACGGACACAAGUUCAUGGCCACCUACCUGCGGCAGCCUACCUACUGCUCCCACUGCAGAGACUUUAUAUGGGGUGUGAUUGGGAAACAGGGUUACCAGUGUCAAGUGUGCACGUGUGUUGUCCAUAAGCGCUGCCACGAGCUCAUCAUCACAAAAUGUGCUGGGAUGAAGAAAGACAAAGACGACACUACACCAGAGGAGGUUGGAUCCCAGCGGUUCAGCGUUAAUAUGCCUCAUAAGUUUGGUAUUCACAACUUCAAAGUCCUAACCUUCUGUGACCACUGUGGAUCGCUACUGUGGGGCCUGCUCAGACAAGGGCUGCAAUGCAAAGUCUGUAAGGUGAAUGUACACAGACGCUGUGAAAGUAACGUGGCUCCGAACUGUGGGGUGGACGCGAGGGGCAUCGCCAAGGUUCUGUCUGACCUGGGGGUCACACCAGACAAGAUCUCCAGCAGUGCCCAGAGGAGGAAAAAGAUAACCCAAGAACCCCAGCAGCCGUUACCAUGUACCCCCCAGGCAGAGGAGGACCGAUCCAAAUCAGCCCCCACCUCCCCAUGUGACCAAGACCUGAAAGAGUUGGAAAACAUACGCAAGGCGCUGUCGUUUGACCAACGUGGACAGGAACACAAGUCAGCCUCAUCCUCUUCUUCCAGCAAGGUGGCAGUGGGCUCAGAGGUGGGCGAGGCCCGGGAGAAUGGAGAGCUCAAGACUGUCCAGACCAAGAGGAUGACGCUGCAGAACUUCCUCUUCAUCAAGGUCCUGGGCAAAGGCAGCUUCGGAAAGGUGAUGCUGGCUGAGCUGAAAGGGACAGAUGAGGUGUAUGCUGUGAAGGUGUUGAAGAAAGACGUGAUCUUGCAGGAUGAUGAUGUGGACUGUACCCUGACAGAGAAACGCAUAUUGGCCCUGGCUAGGAAACACCCCUACCUGACCCAGCUCUUCUGCUGCUUCCAGACUAAGGACCGUCUGUUCUUUGUGAUGGAGUAUGUAAAUGGAGGAGACCUGAUGUUUCAGAUCCAGCGAUCCAGGAAGUUUGACGAGACGCGCUCUCGCUUCUAUGCUGCUGAAGUCACCUCUGCCCUCAUGUUUCUUCACCAACAUGGAGUAAUCUACAGGGAUCUGAAACUGGAUAACAUUCUGCUGGAUGCCCAAGGCCACUGUAAACUGGCUGACUUUGGCAUGUGUAAGGAGGGGAUCCUCAAUGGAGUCACCACCACCACCUUCUGUGGGACCCCAGACUACAUCGCUCCGGAGAUCCUACAGGAGCUAGAAUAUGGCCCCUCUGUGGACUGGUGGGCUCUGGGGGUGCUUAUGUACGAGAUGAUGGCUGGUCAGCCCCCCUUUGAGGCCGACAAUGAGGAUGACCUGUUUGAGUCCAUUCUCCACGAUGAUGUCCUCUACCCAGUGUGGCUAAGCAAGGAGGCAGUCUCCAUCCUCAAAGCGUUUAUGACGAAGAGUCCAAACAAGCGUCUGGGCUGUGUGAUCACCCAGGGCUUGGAGGAGGCCAUCAAGGUUCAUCCCUUCUUCAAGGAGAUGGACUGGGUUCUGCUGGAGCAGAAGAGGGUCAAACCACCCUUCAAACCUCGCAUUAAAACCAAAAGGGACGUGAACAACUUUGACCAGGACUUCACUCGCGAGGAACCUGUCCUCACCCCAGUAGAAGACGCCAUUAUUAAGCAGAUCAACCAAGACGAGUUCAAGGGUUUCUCCUACUUUGGAGGGGAGGAGAAUCUGUCCUAAGGCCUGCACACACACCAACACACACACCAACACACACACACACACACACCAACACACAAACAAACACGUAUAGACACACAUACAUUUACAUUUACAUUUACAUUUACAUACAUGCAGGAACACUGACAUACACACGAAUUUAAGAACACACAUACAAACAUACAUACAUACAUGCAAACCCAUGUAUUUUCUCCCAUGCAGACAUACAGAAUUAUAAAAUACACACAGAGUAAAUUAUUACUUUCACACACUCAUAUAAAACUCUGGCCAUUAGGGCCUCAGAUUAGUACCAACUUCAAAACCUAAACCAGACCAUCUACAGAGCUCUACCAGUAUCUGUCUGUAUGUCCGUCUGUCCAUCAGUGCAUGUUUUCUAAGUUACAAACCAAUGUAAUUCAAGAGUAGGUCAGAUAGGAAGCCCAUCUACUUUAUUAUCAAGGUCCUAUUGGCUCAUCCAGAUCAGAGUGGUGGAUCAAACCACACUCCUUGUGGUGGAGGGUGGCCCUAGGAUUGGCCCCCUGACACUGAAUAUAGCCUGGCCCUUGCCCCACUGGCCCGGGCUGAUAACAGUGAUGAAAGCUCCUCACAAUCCAGCCCCAGAUUGUCACAAGGCCCUUUCCAGUGGACUAUGAAAUGUACAGGGAAUGUUUGUGUGACAGUGUCAACUUUUUGUGUAUAUAAGGAUUUAAAGGUCAGGGGUUAUGUGUGCUUUGGGCAGGGGUCUUGUUCGACAUGGUCUCCUUACAAUAGAUCAGACUUUCAACUGUUUCGUCAACCAUCCUAGUUCCUCAGUGAGUAUAUGAUACUGAACUAAUUAUAUUAUUAUAUGAAUCUGUAAUUUCUUAAGCCGUCCUGUACAUUUCUCAUUGUACUAGAAUGUCCUCCUUCUCUGCCAUGUUUAAACUGGAUGUACGAGAAUGUCCUCCUUCUCUGCCAUGUUUAAACUGGAAGUACUAGAAUGUCCUCCUUCUCUGCCAUGUUUAAACUGGAUGUACUAUAAUGUCCUCCUUCUCUGCCACGUUUAAACUGGAUGUACUAGAAUGUCCUCCUCCUCUGCCAUGUUUAAACUGGAUGUACUAGAAUGUCCUCCUCCUCUGCCACGUUUAAACUGGAUGUACUAGAAUGUCCUCCUCCUCUGCCAUGUUUAAACUGGAUGUACUAGAAUGUCCUCCUCUGCCAUGUUUAAAUGCAAAAAAAAACGAAUCCAUAGAACCAAUGAUUGUAUUUAAAAAAGCUAAAAACCGAUUGGUUCUCAGUGUCAAUAAAAAGAGAAGCCUGUUUCAAAGUUUCCUCAAGAUCAAAACGACGGCAUAAUUAGAACAAGUCCAUGUACAGUACAUCAAAUGCCCAUUGUGUGUAGCUGCAGAUCAGUUACAUAUUGUAGAUAUGCCCACAGUGUUAUGGUAGUCUAGCUUCAUGUAUUCCAAAUGAAUGUCAUGGGUUUCAAUGUGGACGAAUGUGCUUGUAUGCAUGAGUGGGGAUGCAACUGAAUGUAUCGGGUCUGUUUGUGUGUGUGUGUGUGUGUGUGUGUGUGUGUGUGUGUGUGUGUGUGUGUGUGUGUGUGUGUGUGUGUGUGUGUGUGUGUGUGUGUGUGUGUGUGUGUGUGUGUGUGUGUGUGUGUGUGUGUGUGUGUCAGUAAGUAUACUGUACGUACGCUAGUUUGUGUGAGUCUGUUUGUGCGUGUGCGACAUAGGCAGUGGGUUCAUGAGAAGGGCCCUCUUGAAGCUUUAACAUUUCAUUAUGUGUUUUAUUCCAUUGUGUGUUUUAUUUCAUUAUGUGUUUUAUUUCAUUGAGUGUUUUAUUUUAUUGUGUGUUUUAUUUCAUUGUAUGUUUUAUUUCAUUGAGUGUUUUAUUUUAUUGUGUGUUUUAUUUCAUUGAGUGUUUUAUUUCAUUGUGUGUUUUAUUUUAUUGUGUUUUAUUUCAUUGUGUGUUUUAUUUCAUUGAGUGUUUUAUUUUAUUGUGUGUUUUAUUUCAUUGUGUGUUUUAUUUCAUUGUGUGUUUUAUUUUAUUGUCUGUUUUAUUUCAUUGUGUGUUUUAUUUUAUUGUGUAUGUUUUAUUUCAUUGUGUGUUUUAUGUCAUUGUGUGUUUUAUUUCAUUGUGUGUUUUAUUUUAUUGUGUGUUUUAUUUGUCGUGAUUUUACUGGAUUGUCUUGUUGCUCAGUGUCUGAAAUCCUGGAUUUCCCUGCUAUGCAACAAGACUCACAAUCAUGUGGGGGAAGGCAUCACCAGAUAUCUGUGUCUUUCCCUCUGUACAGACCACCUUGUAUAUAGAAGCCUGUGGACUUCUUGGAGAAAUAGAGGUAUCAUCUAUUGCAUGGUUAUGCAUAUGAUGUUAUUGUGUAUUACUAGAAUAUGAAAAAGUGACAAUGUCCAUGUGCAAUAUUCUAUGUCUGUCUGUCUGUUUUUGGUUUCCUUUGCUCUCUUGCCAGGUGUCUUCGCUGUUCAUCCUCCCACUGACUCUUGCUGUUGUUCUGUAUGGUUUUAACAGUGUAUGCAUGGCUGUUUUCAUUUGCCUGUCGUUAACCCCAUUGAUAGCCAUGUCUAUGUGCUUCCUUCAGAGUGUUCCAUCAAACCACCUCUCCACCCCUCUCCUUGCCCUCUCUCAACUCUUUUGACGAAAGGUCGACAUUUCCUAUAUCAUAUCUCUUUAAAAAUGUCCACAUUUUCUAGAGCAUACUUCUUUAAAAAGGUCAACAUUUCCUAUAGCAUAUCUCUUUAAAAAAGGUCAACAUUUCCUGUAGCAUAUCUCUUUAAAAAUGUCAACAUUUCCUGUAGCAUAUCUCUUUAAAACAGGUCAACAUUUCCUACAGCAUCUCUUUUUAAAUAAGGUCAACAUUUCCUGUAGCAUAUCUCUUUGAAAAAAGGUCAACAUUUCCUAUAGCAUAUCUUUUUUAAUUAAAAAAGGUCAACAUUUCCUGUAGCAUAUGUCUUUAAAAAGUCAACAUUUCCUAUAGCAUAUCUCUUUAAAAAAAGGUCAACGUUUCCUGUAGCAUAUCUCUUUAAAAAGUCAACAUUUCCUAUAGCAUAUCUCUUUAAAAAGUCAACAUUUCCUAUAGCAUAUCUCUUUAAAAAGUCAACAUUUCCUGUAGCAUAUCUCUUUAAAAAAGGUCAACAUUUCCUGUAGCAUAUCUCUUUAAAAAGUCAACAUUUCCUGUAGCAUAUCUCUUUGAAAAAAGGUCAACAUUUCCUAUAGCAUCUCUUUUUAAAAAGUAAACAUUUCCUACAGCAUAUCUCCUUAAAAAGUCAACAUUUCCUAUUGCAUAUCUCUUUAGAACAUUAAUAUUAGCAAAGCUAGUAAAUCUAUUGGAUUCAUGAAGCUUAUAGAAACCAUCGACCUUCUAAUGCAUUCAAGCCAAAUAACUCUCUGGCCAAGAUACUGUAUGUGAUAUUGUAAGCCUACACCAAAUCAAGGUAAAGUCAAAUCUACUGUCAUAUUCUGUCAGUAGAACACAAAAAGAACAAUGUUGGUUUGUUAUGAUAUUGCAAGUUGUACAUUCCAUUUUAGAGUAGAAACUUGAAAGUAACUUUCAAAUGUUGGAUUCAUAACAGUAGGACUAUUUGCAAUUGAAGAGGUAGUGUAGUAGUGAUAGUAUGACUACUGUAGAAGUAGCAGUAGCAGUUGUUAUUGUAGUAGUAGUAGUUAUUGUAUUGUAGUAUUAUUAGUAGCAUGUAUAACAGUGCUAGUGCUACUAGUACUAGCAAUUAUGCUAUGGGGAGCAGGAGUAACUGCAGCAACAGUGGUUGUAGCAGCGUUAAUAGGUGACGGUAUCAUGGAAUCAACUGUCAAAAAAGACUGAUGCCCCUGCCCCACACACACCACUGCAUGAAGGCCGCUCAUACACCCAAAGCAAUACUGAUGCCCCUGCCCCACACACACCACUGCAUGAAGGCCGCUCAUACACCCAAAGCAAUACUGAUGCCCCUGCCCCACACACACCACUGCAUGAAGGCCGCUCAUACACCCAAAGCAACCACACCUUUGAAACAGCUGCACCUAUGUCAAUUAAUCACAUGACCCCCAACAUGAGAACAGUGUUAAAGAGAGGACAUUUGUGUUUUGUUUUGUAAGAUGGCAGACACCCGUCCUACUCCGACCCAUAUGGACGGUGUCCCUAGAGGUCCAAAAUGCUCCAUGCCAAAUCCUUAACUCCAACUUUCUAUGGUCCUUCUUUUAUUGUGUACUUUUUCAACUGUUUGUAAAAGGAAGAAAACAACUCAUAGGAAACUCACUUGUCUGUUGUAAGGUCAGUGAAGCAGAUGAAUGAGUACAAUGUACAUUGUUGAAGAAGUACAUCUGGCGGAAUAUUAUGUGUUUGUUACAUACAGUAGAAUAAAAGACACAGCGGUGGGCCACAUGCAUUAUAUUACUGUAUGUACCUCUGUACAUGUAGGGUUUCCUAAUGGAGACUACUUCUGUAAUAAAAGCAUGCUCAUUUAACAAUAUCUAUUGGAAUGUCUUUUUAAUCCAGAACGACACUGAUUCUGGGUCUGGGAAUCUGGACAAUAGUAUUGGACUUCUGGUUUCUGUAUUGUGAAGCUUUCUAUGUACAGUUUGUCACCUGGCUAUUUUAUUUUGAAGUCCUUUGGCAUUCAUUACUGUAUGUCAUUGUAAGCAUUUUGGCUGUGGGCCAAAAGGAUGUGAAUGUGUACUGUUGGUUUUUGGAACUUAUUAAAUAUAAUGAUGUCAAAUCAAAUAGUGCAUUUGCUUGUUUUAGGGCUAAUU